AUAUAAUUUAUUUGUUACAUUCUCAAUAGCAUCUCAAAAGAGUAUUUAAAUAACGUGUCCUAUAGUUUUAUUUUCAACAUCAUUCAAAUAACAACAACGUUGUUUACAUGUCCUUGUUAACGGUGGCGCAUCAGAGAGACUCAGGUGAGUUCACCGGAUUCACGGUGAAACGCGACGGUGAAGAUCACGACGACAGUGGUAAUGAAGGUGGAAAUUCAAUGGUUUCAAGAUAUAAUGUUGAUAGAGAAAGAAAUGAAAUGGUUUCAGCUCUUACACAUGUUGCAUCAUCAGGGUCUAAUCAAAUGAGUAAUACUAAUAGUGAAUGGAUUCAAAGAAGUAGUUUUCCUUUGAUAUCAAAUUCUGGAAAUGCAUCAUCAUCUUUAUCUUCAUUUUAUUCUUCGGGUUCGGGAUCAGGCUCGGGGUUAUUCGUGCCGUCUGGAUCAUGGAUUGGUCAGAAAAGAGAGCGUGAUGAAGAAAGUAGUGAUUCUAAUCAGUUUGUAACACAAAAUGUUCCUAAACUCUUUAGAACUGUUAUGGUACCUUCUCAAGGACAAAGAGAAUCAUCUUCAUCAUCAGUAACUGAAGAAGCUCCAGCCACAACAACCAUUGCUGCCGCCACCACAUCAACACCGCCACCACCGUCAUUCGAAGAAAGCGGCGAGACAAGAAGAAGAUACCGAGGAGUUCGCCAGAGACCAUGGGGAAAAUGGGCAGCAGAAAUAAGAGAUCCACACAAAGCAGCAAGAGUCUGGCUAGGAACAUUCGACACAGCAGAGGCAGCAGCAAGAGCUUACGACGAAGCCGCAUUGCGAUUCCGAGGAAGCCGAGCGAAACUCAACUUCCCCGAAAAUGUUAGAUCAAUUAUACCGCCGCAGCCACAACCACAACCACAAUCACUAUCACAUCUUCAAUCUUUCCCGGCCGCGGCUAUUCCCUCUCGAAUACAGCCGCAGCCGGCAUUUCAAGGCUCAUCUGAUAUACUCAGAGACUAUUUAGAAUACUCACAAAUUCUUCAAAGUUCCGGUGAUUUUCAACUAGAACAAAUGCAACAGUUACAACAACAGCAACAACAAUUACAAGCUUCGAAUUUGGUUCAACAAUGGUAUUACAAUUCACAAUUGGCAGCACUUCAAUCUUCAUCAGCUUCAUUUUCACCAUCUACUCAACUUUCCAAUUCCUCUGCUUCAUUUCCUCUGUUUUCUAGUCAACAAAUGGAAUUUUUCCGGCCGCCGGAAAACCGUCCGCCUGGUGGAGGCCGAGGCGGAGGAUCGGUGUUUCCGCCGACAACUUGGUCAGAUACUAGUGGUCUUCCACCACCACCUUAUGGUUGAUCAAUUUGAUAAUAGUCACAAAGUUGAGCCUCUUGAUCCAUCUCACACACACAAAAUAAUAAAUAGUUGUCAAUAAUAUACUAAAUAUUAAAAAAAAAUAUUAUUUUUUUUUUGUAAUAAAAAAAAAAAAAAUUAUUAUGACACUAGGUAAGUUUCAUUCAUAGUUUUUUUGUUUGGUUAUUUUUUCUAUUAUUUUUGUUCCAUCUUUCAUACAAUUGUAUGAAAAAAAUGAAAGAGAAAAAAAUUUGGUGUAUGUUUAUUUUUGUA